UUCAACUUCAGACCCAGUCCUCAGCCUCUGACACAAUGAGCUACUACUAUGGCAACUACUAUGGUGGCCUGGGCUAUGGCCUUGGUGGCUUCAGUGGCCUGGGCUAUGGCUAUGGUUCCCUCUAUGGCCUUGGGGGCUCUGGUGGUUAUGGCUAUGGCUACUUCCGUCCCUCUUUCUAUAGAGGAUACUAUUCAUCUGGAUUUUACUGAAAAAGUUCGGCAUUACUGCUGAACUCAGAAUGUUUCUCAAAUUUUAAUCCUAUAGUCCUCUCUCUCUCUCUAUUUUUAAGAUCAUAUCACCAUGCAUU